AUGGCCGAAGCCAGACUUCCUCUCGCCUACCGAGACAGCUGUGCGAACCUCCUGAUACCUCUCAAUAAAUGCCGGCACCAGACGUGGUACAUGCCCUGGAAGUGCGAGAACGAGCGACACAGCUAUGAGAAAUGCCAGUACGAGGAGUUCAAGAAGAGGGUUGCGAAGAUGGACGAGAUGCGGGCGGCCAAGGCGGCUGCUGCGGCGGCGGAUAAAUAG